GAAGCCCUUUCGAACUUGAAGGCGAAGUAAUAUUGACUGUAACAUGACCUCGACGCCCCCGCCAGCUGGUGCUUUUGUCGUCCCGCCAAUACCUCGUCUUCCAUCGACAGCAAGUUCGCGUAAUCGAGUUUCAAUAGGAUCAUCCUUCUCGUUUGGCCCGCAACCAAUCAUUUCCUCAUUUUCUGCGGCGGAUAUGAGUGGCUCAGGUCGACCCCUUGCGCUUGAUCCAAAUCGUUCUAUGCUUCCAAGCUCGCCAAAAUCCUCGCUUCGGAGAUACCGGCGAGCGAAAGAGAGCAUAGGCCGUCAUCCCCUUGCAAAUGAUUCCAUGGAUGUUUUUCAGGACACUGAGAUGGAAUCUGACAAUGACGAUGGCGAGUGGGGGAUGAUUGACCGCAUGAGGCUGUGGCGGCACGAUGCUUUGAUGCAGCAUCUGUAUGAAACUGCCGCCUUCUGGGGAGACAAGAUACUGUCAUGGACCAAUGACGCAAAUGACGCGUUUUGGCUAGCUCAGACUUACUUCAUGACCCAUCAGUACGCGCGUGCUGAGAGACUCUUGACUAGGCCCUUUCCUGCUAUGACACCAAAAGUGCAGAGUGCACCCUUGAAUGGCCUUGAACACAGGCUAGUAGACGAUCUUCAAAUGGGUAGUUUGACUGCAGACACAAAAGGCAAAGGGAAGGAGGGGCACUUUGACACAAGUAUAAUGCCUCAAUUGCCAAUGGGUGACGCUGGCAUGAUGCAAAUUCCUGAAGAGUUACAGGAUUCCGUAUCAAGACUUGUGGACAUGAGUGUAGCAUGCAGAUAUCUUGCUGCACAGUGCCAAGUACGGCAAGGGAAUUGGACAGACGCGACAGAGAUGCUCGGUGAAGCGAAUCCAUUCCGUCAUUCAGCAAGGAGUGGGCCUGCCGUGCCGAAUGUUGAUGGUGGCAUCAAGGUCGAAGCUUCCAUGUGCCAUUUGCGUGGCAUACUUAUGCUUAAGCUGAACCGUGGAGACCAAGCAAAGCUUUGCUUCAUGGAGGCAUUAACUUUGGACGUCAAAUGUUAUGAUGCAUUCGACCAACUAGUCAGUGGUGAAAUGAUGACUCCGGACGAAGAAUGGGAGUUUAUCCAGGGUCUCGCUUACAGGGAACAAACGCAAGACGAUGCCGAUUUUGUGCAGCUCAUAUACACUUCUCAGUUGCGGAAGUAUAAACAUGCAGAAGAGCAUGCCCUGACCCGGAGACGUCUUGUCGAGGAAUUUGGACUUUCUGACAAUCCCGAUGUGUUAUUCAGUUUUGCUGAUGCACUCUAUGCUCAAUUCCGCUGGGCCGAUUGUUAUACUAUCACGACAAGGAUAUUGGGGCUGGUUUCUAUUCAUGAUCCUACCAUGCCACUGCACAUUGCCUGCAUGUACCAUCUUAACCAUCUUCACUCAAAACUCUUUAUUCUAGCACAUGAACUUGUGGAGCGGGAACCUGAGAACCCUAUUAGCUGGUAUGCAGUUGGAGUUUGGUAUCUUGCGUCUGGGAAAUGGCCACAAGCCCGACAGUACUUCAGUAAAACAUCACUUAUGGAUCCACGAUUUGGGCCUGCAUGGAUCGCGUUUGCCCACACGUUUGCGAUGGAAGGCGAGCAUGACCAUGCUGUCACUGCGUAUUCGACCUGCGCUCGCAUGUUCACAGGUUCCCAUUUACCAUUGCUAUUUGUGGGCAUGGAGCAAAUUAUGCUGUCCAAUCAUUUGUUAGCCGAUGAAGCGUUGAACGCUGCUUACGCCGCAUGUGAUGGAGACCCUCUUCUUAUCAAUGAAUUGGGAGUUAUGGCGUUCACGCACGGAGACUACCAGCGAGCAGCGGAUCUUUUCAAACGUUCGCUCGAACUUGCUCAAGUGACGCAAAGCUCCCAGAUGUCAUGGACGACAACAUACCUCAAUCUCGGAACUUGCUAUAGAAAGUUGAGGAAUUAUGAGAUGGCCAAGACAAACUAUCAGCAUGUGUUAGAAAUUGAACCCCAACAUCCUCAGGGUCUUGGUUAUCUGGCCAUGGUGUAUCAUCUCCUCGGAGAAAUAGAUAAGGCAAUCAUCAAAUAUCACGAGGCACUAAGCAUUGAUCCCAUAAACGGGCACUUAAUUGAACUGCUGAACCUCGCAUUGGAGUCUGACCUUUGUUGUGGUUCGUUGGAGAAAGUUUACCCCGGUGGCGAGGAAGCUUUUCGGGCUAUGAUGGUCUCUCUGAAGACCAAGGUCCUAGAUGCCUCCAAAAAGCCCAAAGUGGAUAAACCAGGUGCAGAUGUGGCAAUGAGUGUAGGUUGAUGAGGGGAGACGAUGUGUCGUUGUAGGUCAGUCUCCACUCCCACGCUGUCUUUGGCAUACAUGCAGUCCCAAAACGCGAUUCCUCGAAAUGGUGGGGAUCUCCUGCCAAAGAAAGUAAUGCUUCCAGCCUAGCAGUGUACCUGUUUCUUCCAUCAUUCGUCUGAAUAUACAGAUACCUUUUGAUGCCGAAAUGCCGAUGCUUCGUUCUCCAC